GACACUGAUUUUAAAUUCAUACCCAUCCCGCAAUAACUCCUUCUCUAUGGACCAAUUGAAACCCAGCCGGCCCAAUUCCUGUCCCUUGACGCCGUUAUCCUUUCUCCAACGGGCUUCCACUAUUUACGGCGAAUGCGCCUCCGUCGUCCACAACUCCACCGUCUACACGUGGUCCGACACCUACACUCGAUGCCGCCGCCUCGCUUCCGCCAUCGCCUCCAUCCUCGGCUCCGGGAGUGGCCAUGUCGUCUCCGUCGUCGCCCCCAACAUCCCGGCCACCUACGAGCUCCAGUUCGCCGUCCCGAUGGCCGGCGCCGUUAUCAACAACAUUAACACCCGUCUUGACGCCCGGACAAUCUCCGUGAUCCUCUCUCACGGCGAAUCUAAGGUUGUCUUCGUCGAUUUCCAGUUUUACCCUCUGGUUCUCGAGUCAAUUUCUAUGUUGCCACGUAACGGUCAACGCCCAUUGUUGGUCCUGAUCGAAGAUGGUCAAGACAUAGUCAAAAUCGACAAAAAAAAUAACGGAUCCGUCUACGAUACUUACGAGGCGUUGUUGGAAACCGGAGAUUCCGGAUUCGAAUGGAUCCGACCCGCUGGAGAAUGGGACCCGAUCACACUUAAUUACACCUCUGGCACCACUUCAUCUCCGAAAGGAGUAGUCCACUCUCACCGGUCAAUCUAUGCUAUGACCGUUGACUCUUUGAUAACCUGGUUCGUCCCGGACCGGCCGGUUUACCUGUGGACACUACCCAUGUUCCACUCCAACGGGUGGUGCUUCACUUGGGGCAUGGCGGCGGUCGGCGGCACCAACAUUUGCCUUCGGAAAAUCGAACCGGACACGGUCUACUCGUAUAUCGAGAAGUACAACGUUACACAUAUGUGCGGCGCGCCGGUGGUACUCAACAUGUUGGCCAAUUAUCCCCGCGCCAAGCCGCUCAAGUCCCCCGUCAGAUUCCUCACCGGCGGCGCUCCACCGCCGGCGUCCGUGGUUCUACGCAUUGAAUCGCUCGGAUUCGUCGUGAACCACGGGUACGGGCUGACGGAGGUCUCGGGGGUGGUGGUUUCCUGCGCAUGGAAGCCGAAAUGGAAUGGAUUAACGGCGGAGGAGCGGGCGAGGCUGAAGGCAAGGCAAGGGGUGAGGUCGUUAGGGAUGAUGGCGGUGGAUGUGGUGGAGGAGGGGUCUGGGAAGAGCGUGAAGCGGGACGGGAUCACGGUGGGGGAGAUCGUGAUGCGGGGACAUUCUAUAAUGUUGGGUUACCUUAAAAACCCCGAGGCUACGAAAAAGACCAUGAAAGACGGCUGGUUCUACACAGGCGACGUCGGGGUGAUGCAUCCGGACGGGUACCUGGAAAUAAAGGACCGGUCGAAGGACAUCAUAAUCACCGGCGGGGAGAAUGUGAGCAGUGUCGAGGUGGAGUCGGUUCUUUACUCCCACCCAACGGUGUUUGAGGCGGCAGUGGUGGCUCGGCCGGACGAGUUCUGGGGAGAAACACCGUGCGCUUUUGUAGCUCUGGAUCCAAACAUCAACAACUGCCCUGAACGGGAGAAGCCGACCGGGAAUGACAUUAUAGAGUUCUGCCGGGAAAGGCUGCCGCAUUAUAUGGUGCCGAAAACGGUGGUUUUCAUGGAAGAGCUGCCGAAGACGUCGACCGGAAAAGUUCAGAAAUUUGAGCUGAGAGGGAUGGCGAAGAAGUUGGGGACACUGGGCAUUAGUAGUAGAAUGUAACCAGCAACGACCACGAUCCAAUUACUCCCGUCAAUUAUCUUUUUCCUUCAUUUUCUUACAUUUGUUUUUCAUGGUAUAUAUGCUAAGAUAUAAAGUUAUAAACUCAAAUGUUUGUAAUUUUUCAUACUACUAUACGACUAAUAUAUACGGAGUAAAUAGGUAAAACUAAUACUAUCCUCCUGAUCUCAUUAAUUGCAACAUUGGAAUAUAUACACUAUUAAUGUACUUUACUUUGACUACAUUUUAUUUAUUAAUGUAUGUGAAUUACUUUUUUUGAAAAAUGUUGUUAAAUUCG